UUCUAUAGUACCGGUACCUGCCCCCGCCAAACAGCAGUUAUGACCGGUAGCGGUCGUCAUAGUCAUUGGAAAUUGUAGAGCUACCUACCGUGGCAGGUCCGGACUGAAACCCAAACCUUAUCAAAACAAAAGUCCCAAAAGUUUGAACAGGCGAGGAUUCCAAUUUGCAUGGCCCUUUGGAUUGAUCAGCCCCUCAAACCCCUGCGGCUCUCUGCUAUAUACUACGUACCGCUGUAAUGAUUUAAAUAUCGGCUGAGAGCACCAUAUCUCACACAUCCUAGCCUUCAACUCCGUCCCCAUGGAAGACAAAGCUGUGAUGCGACCAUCGUUCCCGGCUGUUCUACCAUUCUAGCCCGUGUCGGUGCCCGUAUCGGUAACCGUGCCUGCAGCUGUACUAUUGACCUAUCCUUGUAAUACCUCCUUCUGGUUACCCGCCCCCCUGCCGUCCUUGCUGUGUGACGAGUCGAUCUCACAAAAACGCCUACAAUGGAUGAUGACAGCGACAGCCCUCCUCCGCGACCGCGGCCCACGCGGGACCUCCCGUCGAGACGGGCAAAGAUGAAGACGCCUGCCCGAGAAACUCGAGCGACCGCUGCAUACUUCACAGCUUCUAGCACUACGCAAACGUCUGCGUCCUCGACCGAAACUGACGCUCGCAUCCCCACCAGAAACCUACGUCCCCUACGAACCAAGCGAAAGUCGUCCACUACCGUCGCGAUGGAAUCGCCUGCAAAAAAAGUUAAGGGGUCGCGUGCGAAACCAAGCCCUACAAAACGACCUCACAUUCCUCUCCCUCUUCCUCUUCCCCAAAGCCUCUCAAGUGGAGACGUAGAUGACCCUUGUCCGAAUCAUUCUCCCCACUGGCACCAUCUUCCAUAUCAUGUCUGGUUGUGUGUUUUCAACUAUGUUGCUACGCCCUGCCGCAAUCCUACCUCGCGCAUCGAUGACCUCGCUGAAGCGGUAGACACGCUUCUCUCGGGAGCCCGAACUUGCAGAUCCACCACCGAACCGGCUCUCGCUGCACUAUACAAAUGUCCUCCAUUCCACAGAGUAUACAGCAAGUCGCCUCAAACCUCGUUCGUACAAUUUCUCCAGACCUUAGCACUCGAUCCCUCCAAUACGCUGAUCCGAUAUCGGCCUAAGGUCGAAAUCCUACGUAUCAACGUUGACGCCACUCUUACAAAGAAGAUCAACGGGCAACAAUUGCAGUUGAAGCAAGUUCUUAAGCACCUGCCUCGACUAGCAUGUCUCGAGCUUCACCACCCUGCCGAUGAUCCUCCGUAUAGAGAUCUUGAUAUUAACCUGCGGUGGAGAUUUUCGAAGGCUGAUCUGCUUGAUGGGCUAGACCCUGGCUCGGAAGGUGAAUCUUCUGAUGGCAGUAAGACUACGGUAGCUGCUUUGAAGAGCUGGCGGUGGAACUCUCGGCUAGCUCCCACAGACCUCGCACUAGACUGCCUCCCGAAAAUACAUGCGCUCUCUAUUUUUCAGAGUCUGCGCAAGGUGGCCUUUGUCAACUACCAGCUUCCAUCUACAACUCGAUUCGCUGUCAGGGCCCGACAGAGCCAGGAAGCUCAAGAUAGUGAUAGACAAGCUAUUGCCCACCUGGCCGCAUCAAUAUCUGCCCUACCCGAGCUGCAACACCUUGUGAUUGAGUCCUCUACAUUAGCUAAUGGCACUUUAUUGGAACUUCUUCCGAACACACUGAGCCAUCUCGAACUGGUGAAUUGUUGGGAGAUCACUAGCGAGGGCAUGUCGGCUUAUCUCGCAUCACAUGGCAAUUCUCUCGAGCAAUUGACGCUUAAAUACUGCCAGUCUUUGAGCCUAGGGUUUCUUCCUGUGCUGGGCACGUCGUGUCCAAAUCUCAAGCAUCUAGAAGUGGAUCUGUCUUAUUUCAGACACCAUGAAUCGUAUGCAGAUAACAAGCCGGAGUAUGCCACUCUUCUUGCGGUAGAUGAUGUCCCCACCUGGCCCUCUUCUAUCCAAUCGAUCGAGAUCAUCAAUAUGCGGAACUGGAGUCGCGAGGCUGCCGAGAUGUUCUUCAAUAGCUUAAUACGGAAUGCGAAGUCGCUACCCGACCUUCGGCGUUUGGAGUUCAAGGUUAUUCUCAACAUCGAGUGGCGUCAGCGGCAGGAGAUGAGACGAUCCUUGGCUAACAAGAUGACAAAGGUCUUCAAAAGGAAGUCAUCCCCUCCCAAGGAACUUAAGAGUUCGCGUCAGUUUCCGGCGCUGAGGCAUCUCAAAACAGCAAACCAGCUUCAGACGCCGAAAGCCGGAAAACGUCAAAGUGCUAGACUCGCUGAUCAGCCCUCCCCGCUGUCAUUGAACAAGCUGAGCUUGAACAACAAAGGCAACGCAUACACUCCAGGACGCUCUGGAAGAAGGCUGAGGCCGCUCAAAUCAAAUCCUAUAUUCGAUGCUGAUGAUGAAGAUAGUAGUGAAGAUGAGCUGUCAUUGGGUCAUACUGGUCCACCUCCUAGAAGGGGUAGGACUGCGACGGCUAAGGAAGCAGGCUUACGAGGCGACGCGUUCAUUCACGGUCUCUGCGAUGUUGUCGACAUUCAAGUUGACAAUCAACGGCCAGCCGAACGUCAGUAUAAUGAGGACGACUUCUUGGAUUCUCCAGAACAGUCAGACCCAGAAUGGAACAGUGCCGACGACGACGUAUUCACGUAGCCGUCUCUCUAGUCGUUGGUGCGUCGACAGAAUGAUAUGAAAUCAACGUGGAGUGAAAAGGAAUGCGAGGGUGGGAUUUCAUUAGCAUGGCGUUUAGUACAAAAGAAACGGUGGCCCUUCUUGUUUAUAAGACAUAUAAAUCGUCAUCACUGACGUGGACUGUUUUCAUGUAAUAUUGGGGACGGGCUAUACCGCAUAUGUUUGAUACCCAGGGGCAAAGGCGAAACGGCAUCUUUUUAUUCUGCUUGAUAUAUUUGGCAUGUCAUGAUAGCUACUAUGUCCAUGACUGUAGGUUCAUAUAUGUUAUGAACCGUCUUACACAAAAUUGGGCGUUGAUGAUAACGAACGGCUUCUAGUGAACCGUCGCCUAUAGUGGUAGUGAAGCAAAUUCUUUUUGGUAUGUGACAUCGUGGCAUUUUUGUGACUACUCAAUUGCUGGAAGAAAAAAAAAAGGAUUCCC